AUGGACCUGCCCCCACAGCUCUCCUUUGCCCUCUAUGUGGUCGCAUUUGGGCUGGGCUUCCCGCUCAACACCCUGGCCAUCAGGGGUGCCGUGACCCAUGCCCGGCUCCGCCUCACCCCCAGCCUUGUCUAUGCCCUCCAUCUGGGCUGCUCGGACCUCCUGCUGGCAGCCUCCCUACCCCUGAAGGCAGUGGAGGCCCUGGCUGCAGGAGUCUGGACUCUGCCAGCCCCGCUCUGUCCGGCCUUUGCCCUGGCCCACUUUGCUCCACUCUAUGCAGGUGGUGGCUUCCUGGCUGCCCUGAGUGUUGGCCGCUACCUAGGAGCCGCCUUCCCCUUGGGCUACCAAGCCGCCCGGAGGCCCUGCUAUUCCUGGGGCGUGUGUGUGGCCAUAUGGGCCCUUGUCCUCUGUCAUCUGGGGCUGGUCUUUGGGUUGGAGGCUCCGGGAGGUUGGAUGGACAAUACCACCAGCUCCCUGGGCAUCAACAUACCAGUCAAUGGCUCUCCGGUCUGCCUGGAGGCCUGGGACCCAGCCUCAGCGGGCCCUGCUCGCCUCAGCCUCUCUCUCCUGCUCUUCUUUCUGCCACUGACCAUCACGGCCUUUUGCUAUGUGGGCUGCCUGCGGGCACUAGCCGGCUCAGGCCUGAGCCACAGACGGAAACUAAGAGCAGCCUGGGUGGCUGGUGGGGCUCUGCUCACACUGCUGCUCUGCUUGGGACCCUACAACGCCUCCAAUGUGGCUGGCUUCCUGCGCCCCAACAUGGGAGGCCGCUGGCGAAAGUUGGGGCUCCUUACAGGUGCUUGGAGCGUUGUGCUCAACCCACUCGUGACAGGCUACUUGGGAGGUGGGUUUGGCCAUGGAACAUCAUGUGUGGCAAGAAUGAAAGGGGGUACAGCCCAGAAGUAG